AUGGGUUCCUCGUCUUCCUCUCCAGCGGACGAUCUGCCAGGGUCUGACCUUCGUCUGCCGGAGUCAGGGUUGAGGUUCAGCAGUCAACAGGUCAGGUCACUCAACUCAUACGUCGACACUCUUUAUGAAGAGGAUCUCAGCGGUCGUAUGUCUGUGGAGACGGAAGUGUCUAUAGAGAACUUGGUCCAGAGAAUAGUAGACGGAGCCGGUCAGAGAGACCCGCGGUUCAGAUGCUGUCAUCUGAUAGCGCUGCACAGAGAUAAGAAGAUACGUUCUCGUUCCCUGGAAUACCUCGUGACCCUGGACUCUCUGCCAGUCUUGAACAGUUCUGAAGAGUGUCGCCUGGUGGAAGGUCCCGUGGGAUUUGGGAAGAUCAGACUCUCUGGCAAAGAAGCUGAUAAGUGGGCUGAGUUUAUCACUGCUAAUGGAUAUUUAUGCAGAGACAAGUUGGUAGAGCGUUGGGUCCAGUUAGUGGCCAAGGGUGCCUGCGGGCGCGGCGGAGGAGCCUCCAGGGCGAUGAGUGCUCGAGCUGCUGCACACGCAAAGCCUGGAGAAUACUGCUAUAUAGAGAAAGUUAGUUACCAGGCGUCCAGUGAGCGAAGGUUGGCUAUAGUAGAAGGAGCUUCAUGGGUCAUGGUGCGCGUGGGUCCCGGCCAGGACGAAGCCAAGAUGAUGCUAGCAGCUCGUGUGGCUGGUUGUAGCGAAAAUUCAUACACCACUAGAGUACCAUUGACACAUCCACUUGCAUUGCUGCACUAUACUGCUGCUCAACACGGUUACUACGCAGCAGCCGCGGGUCCACCUACAUCCCUAUCGAUAGCAGACCGCAGCGCCACCUGGCAACUCUGGAACCCGACCCUGGAGGCCAUGUUAGAUGGACACUUCUCAGAUCAGUCCACGGUAGCCAGGAUAGCUGGAGCCCUUAACAGUUUAGUUGAUAAAAUGAGGGAGGGAUGUUUUCAGGGUUCCGCUCACCUCCUGAGUCGCUACACCACUAGUUGUGCCCUCCGUCAUCGUCUGCAGCGGUGUGCGGCGAUGAGAGGUGUGUCUUCGUUACUGCCCGCCGCUCAUGCCGCUCAUCACUUGCUCAUUGUUCUAGACAAUCUGCUUCACCUGUAUGAGCACGGCGGCCCUGCAGGGUUUGUGUUCUGGUGGACACGCGAGGCGGGGGCGAGGCGCGGGGCGAGGGACGCGGGGGGCAGGGAGGAUGCUACUGCUAUCAGGAACUGUCUCAUGUACCUACAUAGAGUGGCUGUUGGCGAAGAGAUCCCUCAGACACCGGCAGAGAAGUUGGAGCUGGCUCUGUGUGGGCGAGUGAGGGGAAGGGGACUAGGAGGUCCGGGGGGUCCAGGGGUAAGAGACCCCGGGUCAGUUGGAGGAGGCUUCGCCAAAGUACAUUUAGUGUACUUGGCUAGAGUCGCGAGAGAACUACUGGUGUGCAAGAAUAUGAUAAAUUAUGAUGACCCCGGCGUCUUCCGUCCCCAGCCUCACCAGCGGACGUCUCUGCCCCUGGAGGGUGUGGAGCAUCUCGUGCAGCUGUUGGCUGUGAUGCUGGACCAGGGCAGGGACCUGUACCUGUGGGAGCGGAGGAUGACUGACGGGAACGACCCUCAGCUGGCAGCUUACAGAUCUAAGAAGUGGAGCAAGCUGAAGGAUUAUUACGACGCGUCUUCCGCGUGUCUCAUAGACGCCGUCCGACGUGACCCUGACCUGGUCCGCGAGGAUCUGACUGAGGAAGUCACUAUCAUGAGACAUGCCAUCAGCUGGCUGCAGAAAGGGGCAAAGGAAGAUAAGAAGUACCUAGGGCCGGUGUUGAAGCCUUAUCUACACCAGCUAUAUACCACUGCUGCAGAGAACUCCUGUUUCCUCGAAGGCUUCGAUGUCAGGAGUUCAUCUGAGUUGGACGGUUUGAAGGAGUACUGCAGGUCGGUGUUGGGGGGGAGGGACGCGGGGGAGGGGCUAGUAGUGGCGGGGGGCAAGUACGGCUGGGCCAGGGUUAUGAUGGAACUUGUGAACAAAUACAGACAUACAGACUUCCGUGUAGUGUUUCCGACGGGUGAGGGUCUCGCCGUAUCCUCUGUCGUGAAGUUACCUCCUAGAGAACGUUCUCAUCUCACUUUAAGUAGACGUGACAAGGCUGAGGCCAAGCUGCGUCUGGCUAAGCGAUGUGUGCUAGCCGCCUUCAACAACGUUAUGAUCGGAAGAUCACAAUCAAAAAUGUGUCGUUACGAGAGUACAGAGGAGAUCCUUGCUAGUGUCAAAAACGGUAACUACUGGAGGAACAAUACGAAACCUGAUGUUAUACCGAGUAGUCAAGCAUCUCCCGAGCAGGCCAGGGUGAGAAGAAGAUCACGAAGAAGUAGACCGGCUACUACAUACGGCUUCCCGGAAAUCACCAUAACAAAUCUAUCAGACAGCAAAACAUUAAGGAGGAAGUAUCACACAUUGAGAAGUCUGGUGUACUCGGAUCCUGUAGAGAGCAUAAAAGAAAUGAAGGAAAGACCCCAGUCUGCCGGGUCUACUGUGAGGAGCAAAGAGACUUUGAGUAGACCGACCAUACUGGAGACUUUGGAUUUCAUCAACAGUGUGAAAGACGCUUUAUCUGUGGAGGAAUCAGGAGCGUCAGAUGUAGAGGAAUCUUCUUGGUCAGCUCGCGAUGAAUGGGUCGUGUCCCGGGCGAGUCCUCUUGGAGUGAUGACGUCACGGGGGGGAGUCCUACAUCUCGCACUAGGGGACUUGGUGCCCGCUAUGUUGCACGCGGGGAAGUUUUCGACUCUACAGGAGCUAUGUCCACGCCUGGGACCUGCCAGUGAGGGUGCUUUAUUCGCCCUUCACCGUCUCGCGAGGGCCGCUAGAGCAAGGAGCGCGGAGAGACACACAGAUACCUGGAGGCUCCCUGAGCGUGAAGGCCCCCCGGAGCCCCCCCAGCGGUACCGCGCUCGGUCCCCCGACCACGUGACGGAUGACGAGGCCCCUCCCCCCCUCCCCCCACCACCAACACGAUACAUUGACAGACAGCCUCAGUAUCCCGACUUCACACCCAAGCCGAUCCACACGGACCAGCUCGACUUGAGCCGUCUGACGCUCAACAACCAGACCUUCACCGGGGUCAUUAACCCCUUGUACGACGUCCGCCUGCCCAAAGACAGCUUCAGUGUGAAACGAACCAAAUCCAUAGCGAGGAGUCUUAGUACUAGAAGCCUUGGUAUCGACAUUCCUCGAUACAAUCUAGAUUUAGGGCUCAAGAAACGGAAUGAUGUCGCCACUGCUCUAGGUGACACUACUGGCGAGACAGGGCUUGAUAUUAAGAAUACGUAUCAGAAAUACACGAUAUCUAGUGUCGUGGGAGACUCCUAUAGACAAAGUAGAGUCACCAUAGACUAG